GAGCGCGCUGUGGAUGCUACCCGCUCACACAGACUGGAGUAGGCUGCAGAGCUGCACCGCGGACAGGAGGGAAGCACUUUGACCAGCACAGAGCAGCGGGACAGCGUGGGUUGCCUUUUUUCUUUUGGAAGAACUACUUCGGGAUUGCGGCGCAAGCCUGAAACCUGUGAGCGCGGAGGACGACUUGUCGGCUCAGCAUGACAUCUCUGAUGAACUCUGCGUGCCUCUUCUUCUUGCCUGUUGCUCUGCUACUAAUGCAGAGCCCGUGCCCUGUUGCUGCAUCGUCAGCCAGAAGGUGUCACUCCAUCUAUAAGGGUUUCGCUCAGUGUCUGAUGGCUCUGGGCGACAGUCUCACGGACAGCGCCCGCAAGAAUGAAGACACACAUGAGAUACACUCCAUCUGCAGGUCGUGGGAUGAGUUCCAUGACUGUGCCAACGUGGCGAUGGCCGGCUGUCCGGAUGAAGCGGCAGCUGUCUGGGAAUCUCUCCGUCAGGAAUCCAAGAAGAUGCAGUUCUCCGGAAACCUCUACGACAUGUGCUCCAACCGCGACAACUACCCAGCGGCCUCAGUCUCCCCGCAUGGCUCUCCCAACCAGGAAGAGAUCAGCCAGGAGUCUCUAAGAGGGUGCGCUGACCAUCUGGCAGGCUGCCUCCACCUUCUCAUGCUCCUGUCUCCUCUGCUGCUGCUGUGGUUUUGGAUAUAGCUACCCCCAAAGAAACGGGACUGGUGUGAAUAGAUAUAAACUUUUGCGUAUUUUUUCUUCAACAAGUCCAUAGACUUUCCAAUGUUUUUUUUUCUCCCCAUCUGCUCUGCCAGGGGUUGAAAAUUUCCAAGUGCAUGUUCAGAGGCCUGAUAAUGUAUCUUUAAACUGCCUGUGGCGCAUCAUGCAUAUUCUCUGCAUUUUAAUUAGUCUCUCUGUUGGAAACACACAAAAUUCAUACAGAUAUGCUCAAUCACUGUACAAACAGACCUGCAAACACAUACAUAGUUAAACAGAUACAUACAGCAGUCUCAUGCCAUCUGUCUUUAUCCCUUUUCUCCCUACGUCUAGUUAGUUCCAGGUGGAGUUAAGCUUCCUGAGAGUAAUAAGAGAGACAUAAUAAUAAAUAAUAAUGUCCUUCUUGAUAAACCUGAAAAACUAAGUGAUGAGGAGGCCAGAUGCCACGACCAGCUUAACUCAUACUUUUAUCAGCUUUACAGUAUGAAGCAUUUGAUAGUUAUGUAAAUCUAACAAACCUGGCUUGCUCUUGUACCUACCUUGCAGUUUGACUCAAGUUCUACAAGAAGUCUCCGGUUGGCUAACUUUUCAUUUCUCAUUCCCUUCUGUCUCUGAACGCUGCCUAGGUUGAAGCCCCUGUUUCUGUGACAAACAAGAAAUGUGUUUGAUGGAAAUUCAAAAAAAAAAAAAAAAAGCAAAGCAAGAUGCUGCUCAAAAACACCAGUGCCGAACACACGUUAAACACAGUUAAACACAGUUAUACACAGUUAAAAAAAUUCCAUUCCAUUAUUCCAUUGCCCUGACCUAAUUGUUCGAUUAUUUUGCUGUCUGUCAAAUAUGCCCUAAUCAUAAACCAAACCUAAAAAUUUCACAUUUAGGGGUGCCUAGCUAACCCCUCCCAUCUUCACUUAACUGCACUUUGCGAUAGUGUUAGCUUGUAGGUUGCCUAGCUAGUAGGAGUAUCAGUCGAUAUCAGUUGGCAAAAGUGUUUCCAUUUAUAUUUCCAAAAGUGCGUGGUUGCGGUGUCAUUUAUGAAUUUCUACCUUGUCAUCCACCUCCUAAUCUAACAUUAGUAGUUAUUAUUAUUCAUAUUCAUAUUCAUAUUAUUAUUAUUAUUAUUAUUAUUAUAGGAUUAGCUGUGGGUGAAGGCCAACAGUCCUCUACAGCUGUGGGGAACCAGUUGGGGAACCACUAAUCACUAGAAACCCCAAGGCCCAAGAACAAAAAAAUGGAACUAUUGGGUGUUCUAAAGGUUUUACAUUGUUAACCUAAGUACACGUUCUUAGCUAAGGCACAUACAGCACUGUAAAUUGGCUUUGGUUGUACACAUUUUUAAAAAAAAUGCUGUUGGGAUGCAGUUACAUUGUUUCAGAUGGUAUGAAAAACUAGAAUGGUUUUAGCUGCCUUUAAGAAAUAACAUAAUCUAAGGAAUCUCAAAUAUCAAUGUAAUCAAAACCAUUUGUCUUCAUACUGAAUGUGUACUGUCACCCCAUGAGAUCAUAUAGGACCACAACACUUAAUAAAUUAAAGACAAUGAAGUAACAUUUGCAUACAGUCUCAACUGAGUACUGAGAAGAAAUUGAUAGAUGAAUAGUUUUAAUAUA